UGUUUAAAAAAAUUUGAGAAAAUGGCGCUAAUUCCAGAAACUGGCGAUCCCAGUCCAAUAGAAAUAAACUGUGAUUUGGGGUCGGAUUUGAAGGACGGGGAUAUUAUUACAACGGUUCCCGGCGACGGUGGGGUAUCAGAGGAGCGGGAUCACAAGCUCCAUUGUUACUCGAAGCGCUCGGUUGCAGAGCUCCUUGAAAAGUACCGAGGGCUGCUGAAGGGAGGGCAAGACCGAAAAGCUCAGUUUUCCAGGGAUCAUUUACUUCAGGAACUACAGCUGCACUUUGAUGCUGCUGUUCAAGAGAAUAUUACCAUCAAUGGUGAAACUUGGGAGGGUGCUUCAGAAGAGCAGCCCACAAAUGAUGCUGAUAACAAGUCUCUUGAUGACUUGUUGGACGAACAUAUUUUGGAGACUGUUCUCAGACGCAAACACUAUCCAAAAAAAAUCCUCCCAUAUGUAGUGAGGAGGUUGAAAGCUGAACGGGAAAUGAUGGGAUUGUACCAGCAAGUAGUUACACCACACAAAAUAACAAGCGAUCCAGAACAAGAUGUCAUAAUGACAAAUGUGUUGGCUUCUGCGCCUGGAAUGGCCAAGCAGGCCAGCACAGUCAUGAAGUCCUUGCAAGCUUUGCUUCAGAGAGCGGAAGGGUUGUCCCAAGUUAUGAAAAUGGAGCCUGAUAUCAAGCUCCCCAAGGCACUCCAAGCAGUUUUCGAACAUGAGAAAACAGAGGACAAAUGUAAUAGUCCGCUGGAGGUGACUCCCACAGAGAGUGGCACAAAGAAGUCUCUAAAGAUUACAUGCCCGUUGAAAAGAAAAUCUGUGGAGACAGAGAUGCGGGCAAUGUACCCUCAGAGAUCAAAGAGACAAAUCAGUCUUAACGGAAGCUAAAAAUAAAUUGUCCAUGUUAAACUUUACAGAUGAAACCCUUACAGAUAUUCAAGAAGAAAAGACAAGAAUGGAAAGGAAAAUAUACACCACUGCUUGUGUAAAGAUGUCACAUAUCCAUUAACAGUAGUGUUCAUUGCUUUACACAACUCCCAAGCAUUGGCUUUGUAAUUUUAACCUUGGCGUUUUUUUGCCAUUUUUUUGUACAUAAAUAUAUAAAGCUAUAUGUAAAUGAUGCGCUUUUUUCAGGGGGUAUGCUUUUAAAGUGUUUGACAAUUUGUAUAGGAUCUUGCACAUGUGUAUAUAAACCAUUAAAGCUGUUUUUUAAAUAUAUUUUUACACAAUUUUUUUUUUUUUGUAAUAACUGUCAAUCUGUUCUGUUUUAUAUAUUAUUGUUUCUUCAGACCUCAUGUAAAUGGCCUUUUAAUUUUUAGGCAUGGGGGGACAACAAAAUUACAAAAAACAAUGUUAAAAUGAACAAGACAAGUGGUAAACCUUUCUUUACUGAAACUCUUUUUGAUUCUGUAUUGUAAAUACAAAUAUGUAAAGGUCUCAUCUUCCAUCUUGUCUGCUUUAUAUUUUCCUGAAAUCAUAUUUUUUUGUUGUUUUUUUCCUUUUUUUGUCGCUUUUAGAUAUGCUAAAAAAAAGUCUGUCCAUUUUGUAAAUAUCCUUGUGCUGAAAUAAAAACAUAAAACAAUUCCA